CUUCCCUUGUUUUUGUUUUUUAAUAAAGCACUUUUCAGUUUGGGAAUCGUUUUAUAGCUUUUCCCAUAGUUUGACUUUUGAUUCUUGAGGUUUGGGAGCUGGUGGGGAAAGGGACCCAAGGCUGCUCUGUGUAACAGUAUCUGCCGCUUCUGGCCAGCGGGGCAUGUGGAUACCACGGUUAGAAAUACCGAAGGAACUGAGAUAAGAUCCUUCAGUCCAGUAUUUGUCCUCACUGUGGCCAAUUCCGAGCGUUGUAUAAGCACCCUUUUUUCUUCCACGUGAAAGAUGUUGAGAAGGCCAUUGAAGAAUGAAACCUAAUCUUGUUUUAAUAUGGUAAUUUUUAAAAUGGGGAAAUUCGUAGAAAUCUGAAGAGGUUUCGGCACAAUAGUCUUGUCUGCUGCAUAAAUUAAGAAUAAUCUCUCAACCUACCUAAAACAGAAAAAGGGAUGUUUUAAAACAAUGCCAUCCGAAAAAGACCUUUUUUUUUGUGGUACAAAAACAACUCUGCUAACAGAUGAUGCUGCAAAGGAACUUUCUGGAAAAAAUGCUGUGGAAAAAGCACUAGUGAAUGAUACUUUAAACAUAAUGCCUGAACCAGCAAUUUUAGAUGUCAGUUAUUCUUACAAACUGAAAAAUGUGAAAAUUGAUUUACCCAAAGUGAACAUUCCAAAUGAAGUAGUAUUGAAACAUGAAGUUGAUCGAUAUAGAAAACUGUUUCAGCAUAAACAGCAAACUGCAAGAAAGUCUUUAAGUCAAGAAACAGUAAAUGGAAGUAACUUAAAUUGUUCAGAGGGUAACAACUUGCAAAGGAAACCAGAAGUACAAUUUGAAGAAGAGGGGUUGAAAACUACAGCAAAAAUACUGAAUUUCACCUGUUCAAAAUGUAGAGACAACAUUAAAUAUAGCCCAAAUGAUCUGCAGAAACACUUUCAACUGUUACAUCAUGGAGAGUUGCCUUCAUAUCCUUGUGAAAUGUGUAAUUUUUCAGCUAGUGACUUUCAGUCAUUUAAACAACAUCGGCGGACCCAUCGCAGCACUUUAGUAAAAUGUGAGAUUUGUAAUGAUGAGCAAAUGUAUACCUUGUUGGAUUUGACAAAACACUUCACAUCAAAGCAUUGUGUAAAUGGUCACUUUCAAUGUGAAACAUGUGGAUUUUCUACCCAAGAUGUGGGGACAUUUGUUCAGCACAUUCAUAGACAUAAUGAAGUUCAGUUUAAAUGUGGUAAAUGCCAUCAUGUAAGUUGUACAAAAGGGGAGUUCCAGAAGCAUCUUCUUGUUCAUACUGGUUCAUUUCCUUACAGUUGUCAGUAUUGCAACUACAGUGCAUCACGAAAGGAUUGCCUUUUAAAACAUGUCAUAGCCUUGCAUAGAGAUCACUUAUAUGCAAGAGAGAAACUGGAAAAGGAUAAAUGUGAAAAGGGAAUUGUAAAAACUCCAACAGGGCUAAAACUUGUUUUGAAACGGUACAAAACAGGAGCAUCAAAGAAGGCGCUCUGGAGACGGAAGAAAAUUAACCAUGGACGUGACAAUACUGGGGAGAGAAACCUGCAAGUGCUUAGAAAUAUGAACAAAAUUCAACCCAACUCUGAAGAGGCAAUCCAGUAUGUAAAAGAUCUGCACGUGAGUGAAGAAAAGGAUCAUGUUAUACUUAAUGAAAAGCAUAAUUUCCAAAGUGGAACGUUGUCUCCUACCACUGCACAAUAUAGUAAAAUAGAAGACAGAUCAAGUUUUAGUUUGGGAUUAUUGAAAAACGCUGUUCAUGGACCUACAGUGCUGAUGGUGAAAAACAAUAAAAUAUCCGUUCCAGCAAACUACAGUGCUAAGUUCAUGGGAUUUAAGAUGGUGGAUGGAAAACAACAUAUUGUAAUAAAACUAUUACCAACAAACAAACAGAACCUGUGUUCAUUGCCACAAAAAUCUGAUGGGGUUAAAGAUGGCUCAUCUGAUUCUUUACUACAGACUACUGAUGCUUUUGGCUUGUCUUCAAGUACUACAUCAUAUGUGACUGAUCAGCCAACCCCAAAGAAUAAUUCUGUUCACACAUUAACCUCCUUUCCACUUUCAGUUCCUGCCUCUCAUUCAGGGAAACAGAGAACAGAAAAACAAAAUAACUCUUUAUCAUAUGGUAGGAAUAGUUCUCAGAUUGUAGCACCUCCUGAUGUAGUAGUGGGAAGAAGUUCAGCUCAAUUGCCAGUGAAGCUGGGUUCAGCUGCACCUCCCUGUGACUUGAAGACAAAAGUUGGAACUAGAAAUAAUGUUCUGUCCUGGGGGAAUUGCAUUGCUCACAGUCAUCCUCAGGUAUUGUCUCCCACGAUUACAAAUACACUUCACUAUGACCCCAUGAAAAUGCCCUUCCCUAAUGAGUUUAAAAUACAGAAUGGUGGCGUGCACAGUAACAGUGGAACUAAUCAUCUUUACUGUUCGUCAGUUGAUUCUUUUAACCAAGGAUUACCGCCUUUUCAUAAUUACUCUAAAAUGAACAUAUCAGACAAUCCUGCAAAUAUUUGGAUGUCAACAGAUGAAAAAUCUCAAGAAGUCGCAUAUGGCAAAACACUUGCUUUGCAAAACAGCUUGAGAAGUGAAUCUGUAUCCUCAUUUUCACAGCUGGUAAAGGGCUUAAAUUGGGAAAAAAAUGUGCCAUCCCAGUCAAAUAUUGAUAGAAUUUAUGGAUAUGCAAACACUAAGAAUAAUUCUCUACCUUCAAAAAAUGAGUCUGAAUGCGUUAAUGGUAGACAGUGUUUUAUGGAAAAACAGUACAGUGGUGACAAACAGUAUUUGGACACUCACUUAAAUCCAGAGGUAGAAAACAUAGCUGAGAGGUCUAAGGCAGAACAUGUUUCAGACUGUAUUAAUUCAUCUCUCAUGCCUAAGAUCACAUCGGUUUUCUCAUUACAAAGUAAGCAGGCAUCUAAUUAUUUGUCCCCUGAAGUAAACCAGUUAUUACAAGAUGUGUUAAAAGUAAAAACAACUACUCAGCAAGAAUCUCACAGUAAGUUAAAUAAGUUCAUUAAACCUCAUUGUGACCAGUCAUUGUCGAGUCAUCAGCUGGGUACUAAAACAUUUACACACUUAAAAGACUCAGUAAGUGCAUGUAGUUUACCCAGUCUUCCAGCUAAUGCAGAAAGAGAGCUGAAUGUGAGAAGUAGCAUAAGAAAUGAAGGUAAGGGGAGGACACCAGUGAUUAAUACAGAAGAAAUAGAUAACUUAUCUAGAAUUGUUGGUGUUGAUGCGUUGCUAAAAAAUCACACAGACGCAAUCAUAACAAGACAGUUGAUAAAAGACAGAUUGAGGUCUACAGCCCAAAAUCCUAGCAGCUUUUCAUCAAUUCUUCCAGAACAGAAGAAAACGCUUUUGGUUCAGUCACCUCCAGCAGGAUAUUUUGUACCUUUGCAUCUUGCUAACCAGCCAGGAUUACAAGUUGUUUCAGGAAAAGCUCUUCCAUCAACCAGUUCAUCUGAUAUUCAGACAAAUAAAGGUAUACCUGCAUCCUUUGUUUUAAAUAAAGGACCUGGAAUGAUACUGACAUUUAGUGGGAAAUUUGGAGCAGUUGCAAAUGUCGCCAGUGAUAGUUCUCAGGUUUUGGAGAGAGUUGCAUCUAAAGAGUCUAGUAAAAUAACACCAUCUUCAAAGACGGAUGCAAAAAAUAAUAGUUUUAGAAACCUUCGGAAUUCCUGUAGCGUUAGCAAUGCACCUGAUGGGGUAGUAAAUGGUUCAUCAAAUAGUAUGCCAUUCAGAGAGCCUCUUGUCAUUACAAAUUCACCUGAUUCAUCUGUGAAAAGAUUUUCUUCUGUAAAAAUGUUGCCAGAACAUAAAGAUGCUGUGUUUGGUUCCUUUGAGUCAGUGAAAAGGGGGAACCAAGAGGAACAACCAGUCUAUGCACUAUUGCCCGAUGGACGACAAGCAGUUUUUCUAAAAUGUAUGACACCAAACAAUCCUGCAGUAUGUGAUGUUUUUCAAGAUAAUGCUUAUAAUCAAAACUGUCAACCAAAGAAAACAACUGGAGCCAUGCAACAAAAGCUUUUGCUGAAAAUAAAAACUUCUAAUGUAAUGGCUGGUAUAAGUCAGUCAACCAGCAAAUCGGUGCCCUCGCUACAAUUGGAGAGCACGCAGUCUCAUAAAAAUCCUGCACUAGCACAGAGACAAACUCUUCUUUCUUCUAGCGAUGCCUUAUUCUUACCAGGUAGAUUGAUGCCAGCAAAUGCCUCUUUGGCAAGCUCUAAUUCAACUUAUUCUGUACUUCCUGCAGAACCUGUACAUUCCACUAAGCCUAUGGGGGCACGGUCGCAGAGAUGUUCAGUUAAUUGUAGACAAAGUGUAAGCGCUAACAAAGGGAAUAGUUUUGACAGUCAAAAGUCCACGUGGAACACCAGAAACACAAUUUCAAAAGUCAAAACUCGGUUAAAACAAGCUUGUUCUGAAGCAGUGGUUUCACAAAGAAAGAAUUUCAAACGAAAAACGAAAGAUGAUUUUCAAGAGCCCCCUAGAAAAAAAAUAAUGUUGCACAGGAAAUGUAAGGAAAAGAAUCGGACUCAAGUUAUUACUGAAUCAGGUGGCCCACACAGACCAAGGGCAUCAAAAGAAACUGUGAGAACUUUAAAACUACUUCCUUUUAGUUCUAAGCAACUUGUAAAAUGUCCUCGGAGGAAUCAGCCAGUUGUCGUAUUGAACCAUCCUGAUGCAGAUGUUCCAGAAGUUGUCAAUGUAAUGAAAACAAUUAGUAAAUUCAAAGGACAUGUUCUUAAGGUUUCAUUGUCAAAGAGAACUAUAGAUGCUCUUUUGGAACCAGCGUAUUGCAGUGUUUUGGACAUAACUACUGAAAAUCUUUCUCAGAAGAGGCACAGGAUGAUUAAACCUAUAAGUCCUGUAAAAGAAAGAUUUGUGUUAAAAUUGACAUUGAAAAAGACAAGUAAAAACAAUUAUCAGAUUGUGAAAACUACCUCUGAUAAUACCCUGAAAGCUAAAUUUAGCUGCUGGUUUUGUGGUAGGAUAUUUGACAAUCAAGAUAAUUGGGUGGGACAUGGCCAGCGACAUCUAAUGGAAGCUACUCGGGAUUGGAAUUUGUUAGAUAAUGUUGCUGAAUGAAUGAAAAAAGCAAAAAAUUAACUACCAUACAGUACUCCUUUUUAAAGAGCCAAAUUAUGACACACAGGUUAUUUGUUUUAUAUUUUAGUAUCACUGAUAAAGUUUUAAAAUAAUUCAAAAUGGUUCUGUUUUAAAAGAGGAAUGGAUUUUUUUGAUGAUGCUGGACCUAGAGAAACAAAGAGCUUUGUGGGGUAGAUAUAAAAUUAAUGGCAAAUACAGUUCCAUAAAACUGCAUAUUAUUAUUAUUAUUUUUUUUUUGUUACUACUAUCAUGUCCUAUAUUUUUAUUCUCUAGACUAAGUCUUCAGGGGUUUGGUUGUGUACAUAUUUAAGAAACCUAAACAUGUAAAUAUUUUUAUAUUCAGUUAUUUGCUAUAAAUCUUGCACAGAAAUUUUCCUCGCCCUUCUUUCAGUUCUGUGCAUGCACUACUAAAAUUGAUUUAUAGGUUUUUCAACUACACACAGCUAUUAUCCUUGGGAUUUGUUUUGUUUUAAUUUCAGAUGUUUAGUUCUUGAGUUUGUUGUUUUCAGGGAUUGAACACUAUUGUUAGCAAGUGCCUAAAAGAUGUGAAGCAGUUUACAUUAUGUCAACUGUGUAACCAUUGGUCCAACUAGGGCCAUACCCCAAUAGUUUCAUUUAAACAAAGCCAUAUGUGAAUGCUUUAAGCUAUAUUGCUAUGCACAUGACACUUGUACUAUUUCUGUGCAGUUUGUCUACUUUCUUAGUGAAGUAUUUUUCAUAUAAAUUAAUAAACAUGUUACAAUUGUGUUUAAUACAUUGAGCCUGAGAAUGGAAUCAGUUGAAAAUAUACGGUAUGUGUGCAUAUAUAUAAUAUUCAUAAUGUAUAUAGUGUUUAAGAAUGAUGAACAUUCCUAAUUUGUAUUGACUCUCAUUAAAUUUGCUAUAACU